AUGGCAGACAAUCAGGCUGCGCAACGGGUGCACAUGGCUAACCUUAAUGAAUACUGUCAGAGGAAAAAAUUAAAAUGCGACUAUAAAGAUGUUGAUGUUACAGGUCCUCCUCAUGAUCUUGUCUUCACUGUAAUGGUGGUAAUAGAUAAUAGAGAAUAUCCCCCAGCAAUGGGUAAAUCCAAGAAGGAUGCAAGAAGUCAAGCAGCAAAAUUAGCUUGGGAUGUUAUACAACAGGAAAAUAAGGCACAUUCUGCUUCAGGACUACUGCAGCAGCCGCAGCGGCCUCUGUCCCCAUCCGCACCACCACCACAAUUGCCACAGCCUAUUUCAAAUGUUCCUGAUAUUACAUCUUCACCUUCUGCGAACUAUAUCAGCUUGCUCAAUGAAUAUGCUUCAAAGAAUAAAGUAUCUGUUCAGUACCCUUUGAAGGAUAAACGUGGAGAAGACCAUAAGCCAAACUUUUUCUGUGCCUGUGAAAUUGGUGGUAAAAUUUAUGGUGAAGGUACAGGAAACAACAAGCAAAGAGCAAAAUUUAAUGCAGCCAAGCAAGCGUAUGAAAAGUUGAUGGCCCAACCAGCUUUAAGGGCAGAACAAAAUGUGCCUAUAAAAAUGUUUGCCAGCAAAUCCCAGGAAACAUCAGAAGGGGCAUCUAUGAAUGGUAUGGACUCUGACUUGGAAUGUAAGGACGUAACUGACAAACUGGCUACUAAAAUUGGUGCUAUGCAACUAAGUGAAGUUUCUUCGUCUCCUCUGGCAAGUCCCAGAGUUCCCCAUGUGAAACCUAAAAGGAAAGAUGCAGUGUUGGCACCCAAAUUUUCAAAGCUGCAUCAAAGCAAAUACACGACCAAUGAAAGGUUUCUUGAUGAAUUUGAAGAUAUAGAGAAAAUUGGGCGUGGUGGAUUUGGGUGUGUUUUCAAGGCAAAGCAUACAAUUGAUAGGAGAGUGUGUGCAGUCAAACGAGUGAAACUCAAUUCAGAAAAAGACAUGGCAGAAGCUAAACGGGAAGUCGAAGUUUUAGCAGACCUUUACCAUGAAAACAUUGUCCGAUAUUAUGGUUGCUGGAUUGGAAAAGACAGUCUUGGAUUAGAGGACAGCAUACAUGAUAAUAGACUUUAUAAUCUCAUGCCUAUCAACAAGUGUGAUACAGCCUCCAAACACCUGGCUAGUUUGUCCGGGGCGGUAUCUGGUUGGCCGUCCAUCAACAGCUUACCAUGUGACUGUCUCUUCAUAGAAAUGGAAUUUUGUGAGAAGGGAACACUGGUUGAUUGGAUUAAUAGAAAAAGAGAUACGAAAAGGUGCAAGGAUGAAUCCCUAAUGAAAUUCCAGCAAAUAGUGGAAGGGGUGGCAUAUAUUCAUUCAAAAGACUUAAUUCAUAGAGAUCUCAAGCCUCUAAAUAUAUUAAUAUCUAAAGAAGAUAAAAUAAAGAUAAGUGAUUUUGGAUUGGUAACGUCGGGUGUACGUGAUCCAUCAGUACAACGGACAAAAAACAGAGGGACAAAAGGCUAUAGGGCCCCUGAACAGGCAGGGGUACGUUAUGGAGAAAAAGUGGAUAUCUUUCCUUUAGGAUUAAUUUUUAUUGAAAUGCUUUGCAUAUUUGAAACAGAUUAUGAGAAAAGCAAGGCAGCUCUAAUUAAAAAAAUGCUUUCAGUAGAACCAUCUAAGAGACCUUCAGCAGCUACGAUCUUGGAAUUUUUAAAUCGAGGAGAACAGAAUGGCCUACACACUUGUUAA